UUCAGCCCACUAAUAAUUCCCAUGAUAAGAAGCGGCCAAUCAGUCCCCGACCGUUGAAAACUUGUACACUUUGGAAUUACACAUGGCCUUCCGCUUUCCGCGACUUGCCCGGAAAACUGCCGCUACGGUCUCCUAGUAUUCCCUCCGGCCCAAAUAUGGAUCGAGUCACUAUAUGCAGUCCGCAUUAUACCGAAAUUUAGCCCUUCCCAUCUCUUAGUCUUUUUCGGAAGUAAAUUUAGAUUAAUUUAAUUUGUCUCUGAAGGGAAGCGGCCGAUCAGAUAGAUGCCUGAGGCAUCAAAAUACAAGCAGAUGUUUAUCACCACGUGACACAACCGCAUCAUGUGAUUUCGCGACGGACGCUGCCAAAUGCGUCGCAUUCUCCAUCCCGCCGCACCUACCAAAGGCGCAACUCUCGGAUUGAGGGUGUAUACAUCACGAUUCUCGCACUAGCGAUUUUUGUUUUUCCAUCUGAGAAAGCAAUGGCGCGUCCGAAAUCCAUUCGCGCACCUACAACCUCAAGUCUUCCCAGUGACCUUCGCAUCCCUUCCGCAACUCCGUCGCUCGUCAAGUCCUUCGGGAAACUCACGCGUCAGGCGUUGCUGGACCUGGUGUUUUACUGGCUGGAUGACCGCAACGUGCAGUCGUUCCCGCCGUUCCUAGAAAAAGAUGAUGUGAACAAUGGGGACGAAGACGAGCUUAGCCCAUACCCGGUCGAGCGAACCAUCGACGAUGUGCGGAACGCAUACCAGGACCUGCAGGUCAGGAGAGGUGGAAAACGCGAAGUGAUUGAUCGGAUUCUGGAGGGCGACUGGCGACAUGGUAUCAGUCUGCGUCAGCUUGCAAUGAUCGACUUGCGAUAUAUGGAUGAUCAUCCGUCGAGUCUGCGGUGGUCGGCGCUGGAGCUCUAUCGCAUCGGCGCGGAUUGUAAUCACUCGUCCGACCCAUCUGCGGAAAUGACCGCCUGCAUCCCCCGCAUCCAUACCUCCACGUUCUUGAGCAGCCUCCAGCAGCAGAUCUCUCCGCUAGUGAAGGCGCAUUAUCACCUUGCUCGCUCGAACGUCUUGCCGCUCACAUUCUUGCGCAUAUUCGUCACCAAUUCACCGUAUAAGCAUCCUCGACAAGCUCCAGAAAUGCUAACCGACUCGUCAAGGGUGAUAUAUGUUGCAUUCCCCGACAGCUGCCCGUUCAUAUACACUUCAAUCGCGUCGUCCCCGAGCUCUAAGACGAGCGCGUCCUCGACCGGCGCAAUCGCAGCGGACCCCCGAACCCUGCAACGAAUUGUGCGGGAUGCCGUCCCCGUGGCACUUUCUGUGCCACAGAAAAGAUACUCGCUCAAAGCAACUGCUUUGACAGCUAAGAGUCUCCAGGCUCUUCUUGCUCUGCGCGGUCCGGGCCGGUCGAACCGAGCUGCUGGGGCAUUCAGCAUUUUCGCGGAUGCCGUAAUCGAAGGCAGCCCUCUGGACCCACGGCCCUCCAGCACCGUAUCUCCAGAGGAAUACAUGGGUCAAGGGGCCGAUCGGGGUAAAGAGAACCAAGACCAGAACGAGCAGAAUAUGGACGAGGAGACAUCUGGACCUCAAUCAUCUAAGAGGUCAAGGAAAUUGGAUUCCGACCCCCAGAUUCCCAAGAAACGGAAGCUUGCUAUCGAUUCUCGAUUCGGGACGACAGGGUCCCUGUCCUCCGCUCCCCUGGACCGCUUCGAUGUCCGCUUACUUGACUCUCCUCAAGUCGAUGGAGCUGCCGAAGAAGACGACAUCGCUGAGCAAAACCAGCCUACCGUUUCUCUUACUUUUGCCGGCUCAGACGUCAUCAGUGGUAUCCGCAAGCUUGCCGAAUUGGGUAUAAUCGACCCAGAGCGCAUGCCUUCAUGGAUGACAGGUGAAGAAGCCGUUAGUGUUGCUGUCGUACGUGGAGGCAAUCGUGUGGUUCAAGACGAUGGAUGAACUGUCCGUUCUCGACAUAAUUAUCCCUCCAUUCUCCUCUUACAGGGUGAUCACUUAGGCACGCCGCCGAGCUAAGAACCCGGACUCCUAGGGACGGCUAGUAGCCCCCUCUCGCAGGCUUCGGUUCUUUGCUCUAGACACCAUAUGGGCACCCGUCAAUCCCGGCUUCAUGUGACGCUGCUAGGAUUAUCUGACAGCUCGGUACUUGGCUUGAUGUGGUCAUGCUCUGUGGGUCCCGUGUCUCCUUGGGCGUCCAGGAAAAUCACCCAUGAAACAAACAUCUCUAGCGUGCCCAUGGCAAUGCUCCAU